AUGGACCUUGACAGCAGCGCCAGUUACUCAGACGAUCACUACAAACCCACACACCGAUGCGGCCAAAGUGCCGACGAGGCACGGGCAAACAACUGCAUCCUGAAUCUGGCCAACUACGCCUGGGUGCCGCGCGACUGCUACGAUGCCGAGCUUGUGGAAGAAACCAUUACAGGCUGGGAGUGGUUCCGAGACUACGACAUGACCGAUCUGGUCCCCCACCCAGAAGUGCUCCGGGGCGAGCUGGAAUUAUUCUACCAGCCCUUUGAUCAACAUGAGAAGCAUUGCGUCUACAUCUGGAAGCGACUAUAUCGAGCCACCUUGGGUGACAGGGGAAGCAAGAAAUUAGAGGUGUCUGGUGCUGCUUCGUAUCCUCACGUGGAACAUUGUGGGCGUGUGCUGCUAAGGGACAACUCGACCGGUCAUUUGUCGGUGACAGUGGCAAGAGGCCAAAUCAUAUUUCCAAAGUGUUAA